AGUCACUAUUUUUAGCCCUGUUAGAGCUGUUUGAAGAUGUCUCUUUUAGAAUGUCUUCUACAGACAUCGAGCACAGUGACACUGCUGGGGGCUCUGCUGUUUCUGCUGGCCCUUUACCGCCUCUCCUCUGGUUCCAACUCUGAGGAACAGGGGAAGCAGCCUCCAGGACCCAGGCCUCUGCCCCUGCUUGGUAACAUGCUCCAGCUGGAUCUCAAGAGGCCCUAUCGCAGCCUCUGUGAGCUGUCCAAGAAAUAUGGGUCUGUUUUCACGGUUCAUUUUGGACCCACAAAAGUGGUCAUCCUGGCAGGAUACAAGACGGUCAAUCAGGCGCUGGUCAACCAUGCAGAGGAGUUUGGGGACAGGGGCAUGCUUCCUGUGUUCUAUGACUUCACCAAUGGACAUGGUAUUCUGUUUGCCAAUGGCGAAUCAUGGACAGAGAUGAGGCGCUUUGCCCUGGCAAACCUUAGAGACUUUGGGAUGGGCAAAAAAAGAAUUGAAGAGAAAAUCUUAGAGGAAUCUCACUACCUGAUUGAAGUGUUUGAAAAUCACAAGGGUAAAGCAUUCGACACGUCCCAGCCAUUGAAUUAUGCUGUCUCCAACAUAAUCUCCAACAUUGUGUACGGCAGCAGGUUUGAAUACUCUGACCCCAAGUUCAAAGCCACUGUAAAACGAGCCAACGACAACCUCCGAAUUAGUGGCUCCGUUUCAAUACAGUUGUACAACAUGUUCCCCUGGCUGGGCCCUUGGCUGAAAAGCAAGAAGCUUUUGUUGAAGAAUAUUGAGAACAACAAGAAGGAGAUGGAGGAGCUGGUGCGGGGGCUGAAGGAGACUCUCAACCCUCACAUGUGUAGAGGCUUUGUGGACUCGUUCCUCGUCCGAAAGCAAACCCUGGAGGAAUCUGGCAACAAGAACUCUCACUACCAUGACAACAACCUGAUAUCCUCUGUGGCCAACCUGUUUUCUGCUGGUACAGAGACCACAGGGACAACCCUACGCUGGUUGUUGAUGCUAAUGGUCAAGUACCCCCUUAUACAGGACCGGGUCCUGGAGGAGAUCAACAGCGUCAUAGGAAGUCGUCAGCCCUUAGCAGAGGACAGGAAGAACCUGCCCUACACUGAUGCAGUGAUCCAUGAGACCCAGAGACUGGCCAACAUUUUACCCAUUGCCAUCCCCCACACCACCAGCCGAGACAUCACCUUCCAGGGAUAUUUCAUCAAGAAGGGGACGCUUGUGUUUCCUCUACUGACGUCUGUCCUACAAGACGGAAGCGAAUGGGAGAGCCCACACACCUUUAACCCCGCCCACUUUCUGGAUGAGGAAGGUCGAUUCACCAAGAGGGAUGCCUUCAUGCCCUUCUCUGCAGGUCGUAGGGUGUGUCUGGGGCAGAGUCUGGCCAGGAUGGAGCUCUUCCUCUUCUUCACCUCCCUCCUGCAGCGCUUUCAUUUCUCUCCUCCUCCUGGAGUAACAGAGGAUGAUCUGGACCUCACACCAUCCGUGGGGUUCACCCUCAACCCUUCACCUCACCAGCUGUGUGCUGUGAGCCGGGUCUGAGAUGAGUCUGGGCCUAAUGUAUAUUAUACAUGACUUAUUAUAAAUGAACAAAUGCUCCACUUUAGACAAACAUGCUGAAAUAGCUUACCUCACCAGCUGUGUGCUGUCAGCCGGCUCUGAAAUGAGUCUGGGCCUAAUGUAUGUUAUGCACGACUUAGAACAAAUGCUCCACUUUAGACAAACAUGCUGAAAUGGGUUACCUCACCGGCUGUACUGUGAGCCAGGUCUGAGAUGAACCCAGUCCCUCAAUGGUUUGGUUUAAUUUGAUUGCUCUACAAUCCAACAAUGUAAUUGAUUGAUACAAAGCACUGCUAUUAUGUAUGUACAGAAUGCUUGUUGUUUUUGCUUGCUGUCCUACCUUGUCUGGGAAUGGACAGCUGUUGCCAAGCUUAGCAAAGUCAAUCAGUUUUCUAGCUAAUGUUAUCAGUAGUUGACACUAAUAUAUACCCUUGUGGAUAUGUUUUUAUAUGACUAGUAAGCAUACUUAGCAACCAUCUGCUAGCUAGAACAAAUAACUACCACUAAGUAGCUAGCUCCAGCAGGAGUGGAAGUUUGACUGCCUACUUCCCUCCAUUAGUGGUUCCAGUUGUUGAAUGAAAUUUGAAACAACAAGACUGCAUUUACACAGGAAACCCAAUUUGGAUCGUUUUCCACUGUUUAGUAUUUUGACCAACCAGAUCAGCUAUUUUGCCUACAAUUGGACAAAAGACCAGAAUUGGGCUGCCUGUGUAAAAGCAGCCAAAAGGUCUCACAAAAAUGUGUUUACAAACUGUGCGGUAGCUGGUGGCUAGUUUAAGGUACUCUUUCUCCAUUGACCUUAGCUAGUGGUUAGCUUGAGCCACAUUAGCUACUAGUGACUACUUACAUAUAAUAUAUUGGAAGAUUUGGGCAUGAAAAUCUAACUUAUUGCACCUUUAAGCUUUCUUGUCCUAUUCAAACGGGCCAACCAAAGGUAUAUAACACUAACAGUGUCUGUUAUUGAUAACAGCUAGAUGAUUGACUCUGCUAAGCUUGAUUACACCCCAAAGAUAAAUAAGCUAAGACGCAGGCUUCUGA